AUGAAUUAUAGUAACCUGUUUUUGUGUACUAUGUUCAUAAUCUUCUUCGUACAGGAAGUUCAAAGUUUACACAAACGUUGCAUAAGAUGUAGAUCACGAGGAGACAUGGGGACAUGUGGUGAUCCCUUUCCUAUAAAUGUGACAGAGACUAUAGUGGAACAAGGGCUUCAUGUUGUGGCAUGUCCCUCGGGAUGGUGUGGCAAGUUACUUGAAGGCACUGUGGGAGCAUUUCGUACUGAUGACUAUGGUACUGCAACUGAGAGAAUGUGCCUUCAGAGACCCCCAAGUGAUUAUGAAGAAAGAUGUGCAUACACAAUGUGGAAUCGCAAGAAGGUUUACAUGUGUUUCUGUAAUGGUGAUCUCUGUAAUGCUGCAACUGGAAUCUCAACAUACCCGCUGACACUUAUAGUAGCAGUAAUAAUACCAAUAUUUAAUUAUUUUAUUUGA